AAUAAUUUAACUGGCAUAUCCUUCAUAGACACCAUGAUACUUUUUCAGAAAAGAGCUACAUACCUACAAUGUUAGUAGUAACCAACAGCUGAGAGAUAUAGGAGAAAGAAGAAGACAGAUCUCGAAUGGCAAUAAUAUUAUUGCAAUUGCUAGUUCGUAUCACCCUUCUGUUAACGUUCUGGUCAACAAGUACUAUGGCAACAUCAUCAUCUUCAGAAUUAGCAUGGCCGAUAGCAAAGCCUAAUUGCGAAACUCAUUGCGGAAAUAUUAGCAUCCCAUACCCUUUCGGGAUCGGACCUAACAAAGAUUGUUACUUCGACGAAUGGUUUGAAAUAGAGUGCGUCAACAACUCCACAGGUCCUCACAAGCCUUUCUUGAAGCGCACACAGCCGAAGCUAGAGGUGCUGAAUAUUUCAAUGGAAGGCACGCUUCUAGUUAACAACCCGGCCACUUUCUUCUACGAAAGAAACAGAACUCGGCAAUUGGCCCCGAAUUUGACAGAAGGCCCUUUCAUAUAUUCACAGACAUACAACAGAUUCACUGCAAUGAGUUGCGGAUUCUCGGCGCUGGUAAGGUCAGAUUAUGAUGAGCGUGUGCUUGGUGGGUGCUUUUCAGCUUGUAAUACAGAUAGUUCGAGUAUAUACAAUUAUGGAUAUGAUUGUAUUGAUGGUAUUAACUGCUGCCAGGCUACUCUCCCUCCAUAUCUCACUUUGAUCACUACAAAGGUACAAUAUUCCGAAACUGAUGGAGAAUUGUUGACUUAUUACAACUACGCCUUCCUGGCCGAGCAAACAUGGUUUCAGAAUAAGAAUUUUAAGAAUACCACUAUGGAGCUCAAGAAUGCAUGGUUUGAGCAAAACAUAUCGAAAUUCAAGGCUAUAGAGGCGAGUAUGGGCAUGUUUCCUGUGGUUCUUGAUUGGAGCAUAAGAUUAUAUGAUACUAGUUCAUAUUUCGCAAUAUUUAAAGGGUUCAUCGGAUCACACUCGAGCUAUAAUGACUCAAGACCCUAUUGCGAGGCUGCUACUUCGUCGUACAAUAAUGUUCCAAGGCUUGACUGCAGCUGCGUCUGUCCACUGGGUUUUGAAGGAAAUCCUUAUCUUCUCCAACCUUGUCAAGAUAUUGAUGAAUGCAAGGGGAGUAAUCAGUGCGUGACUCAAGGAGAAACAUGUGAGAAUUUUGUUGGAGGGUACAAAUGCUAUUCAAAUGUAACUGGCGCUACAUGUGAAUACUUUGCUGAUCGUUAUGGUGUAGCAAUAGCUACAUCAUGCCACAUAAAUAGUAGUCCCUUUGCUAGGGCCGAUAAUAUCAGAACUAUUCUUCUAGGUCUUGGUGCGGGUGUCGGGCUGUUGCUACUACUUAUUGGUACAUGGUUGGUGUACAAAGUGGUGAAGAAAAGGAAAAAGAUUCAGCGCAAGCAAAUAUACUUCAAACGAAAUGGCGGUUUAUUGUUGGAACAACAAUUAUCGUCAGGUGAAGUUAAUGUUGAGAAAAUUAAGUUGUUCAAGUCAAAGGAAUUAGAGAAGUCUACGGAUAGUUACAAUAACGAUAGAAUUCUUGGCCAAGGAGCUCAAGGUAUUGUUUAUAAAGGAAUGUUGGCAGACGGAAGAAUUGUUGCUGUGAAAAAGUCGAAAAUAGUCGAUGAAGGAAAGCUUACAGAAUUCAUCAAUGAGGUUGUCAUUCUUUCACAAAUCAACCAUAGGAAUGUGGUUCAACUAUUGGGAUGUUGUUUGGAGACGGAAGUUCCUAUUUUAGUUUAUGAAUUCAUACCGAAUGGAACGCUUUCAGGGUAUAUCCAUGGACAAAAUGAGGAAUAUCCACUUACAUGGAAAAUGCGCUUACGAAUUGCUACAGAAAUUGCAGGAGCUCUUUCUUACUUACAUUGUGCAGCUUUAUUUCCCAUUUAUCAUAGAGACAUCAAGUCUUCAAACAUACUCUUAGAUGAGAAAUACAGAGCAAAAGUUGCUGACUUUGGAACUUCAAGAUCAAUUGCCAUUGACCAAACUCACCUAACAACACUUGUACACGGCACAUUUGGCUACUUGGACCCUGAAUACUUUCAGUCAUGUCAGUUUACUGACAAAAGUGACGUGUAUAGCUUUGGAGUUGUCCUUGUUGAGCUCUUGACCGGUCGAAAGCCAAUUUCUGCAAUAACAAGGCCACAAGAAAAAACAAGGCCACAAGAAGAAGAAUAUAGAAGUCUUGCCACUAAUUUCAUUGUUUCAAUGCAGAAAAAUAUUCUAUCUGACAUUCUCGACGCACGAGUUAGGAAGGAGGGCAAAGGAAAAGAGAUUAGGGUAGUUUCCAACCUUGCACGAAGAUGCUUGGAAUUAAAUGGAAGAAAUCGCCCUACAAUGAGAGAGGUCACAAUGGAGUUGGAGGCUAUCCAAAUGUUGGGAGAAAAUGCUCAAAAUGAUGAAGGUGUUGAAUAUUCAGAAAAUGAUUCCGUUAAGCGUUGGGAUGUUGUUUCAAGCACAACUGAUCAGUCAGCUUCGUAUGGUGGUCCGACUUCAUCCUUACUGGAGCAUCAACAAUUAACCACUAAGACCUGGUGAAGAAAACAUUUCUUGUGAUGUAAGUUUGUUUGUAUCAGCCACUACAAUAUACAUGCAUUUUGGAAC